AUGGCAAGAGGUGAAGGACAUCCCACUGGAGGCCAAAGGAGCUUUGUGAAGCCAGCGGGACACAAUACAUGGAGAGAUGACCAACCAAUCACUGUUGAUGAGGGUGGUGGAACCUCAAACCAGCUCGUUAUUGUGAUCGAGUCUGCAGAUGCAGAGGCUGCAGGUCCUGGGGUCAAGCAGGAGAGGUCUGAAGGUGAGGAGGACCCAUGGCACAGCAGAGACAUCCAGACUGGAGUAGCUGGAGCACCCCCUGUAGCCACGGAGGACCCCACCACCGUCCCAGCGCAGCCCAGGAUCAGAUGCAGCAUCACGGAGGAUGAGGGUCCAGAGGUGCUGCUGGUGAAGGAGGAGGGAUGUGAGGAGGGUCUGGAAAACCCUGAGGGGACCAUUGUCAUGGAAGACAACCAGACUACACCUCCUCCUGAACCCCCAGCUGAGCAGCAUAGGACAACACACAGUCUCACAGAGUCAGUAGACAUGGAGGAUGGGAAGCCUGAUCUGCUGCUGGUCAAAGAGGAGACGAUAGAGGACGGACCAGAGAGCAUUGACCUGCUGAGUGGACUAAAGAUGGUGGAGCAAGGUGAUUGGCUGGAUAAUAACAGAGGAGACUGGGCGGCCAUCUUGGACUUCCAGACCCCGACCGGUGCAGCUAAGGUUCCAGGGGACAACAUCACUGAGCAGGCCAGGACCAGUGACGACAUAGUGGAGGUCAGUGGAUGGGACAGUGUCCUCAACUCUGGGCUGGGGAACAACACUGUUAACCACAACCAGAAACAGUCUGUCGAACACAAAACAACGACCAAACUUAGUAUCCAUGACAACAGAUUGUCUGAGGCAAGGGUGAGGUGUCGAUUUGGUCUGCGGGGACGGGGAGGUGUCGGUAUGUGGCGGGAGAAAACAGACACAGACUCUGCUAGCGAUGCUCCGUCCUGCUACUAUAGUUGUGAUUCACAGAGACUGAUGGCGCCUCAGGUUAACCCCCUAACAGGUGCUGCCUUCAGCCUGCCUUCUAUAGGAUCUAGCAACUGGAACAUGGACCCUGCGACAACACAGACACUUCUUGGCCUUCGUUCUCCUCACACUCUCCUAAUGUUAAACCAGACCUCAGACAAUGUCAGUACCUCAACAUUAAAUAGCUACACAAGCCCAUUGACAAAUAACAGUAGUAGAGACAGAAUCCGUAAAGGUGGCAGCGCCACAGAGAGGCAGUUCCCGUGUUCGUUCUGUGGGAAAGCCUUCAGCUUCCCCCAACAGGUGAAGAUUCACCAGAGGAUUCACACGGGGGAGAAACCAUUUGGUUGCCACCUGUGCCAGGGCAGUUUCUCCCAAUCGUCCAGCCUGAAGAGGCACCAGAGGGUCCACACAGGGAAGGAACCCUACAGCUGCCCCCAGUUUGAGAAGAGGUUCUCCCACCAGCACCAGUUGAAGAUGCACCCGAAUGGUCCACACGGGAGACAUGAACUAGUUACUUUGUAGUCAAUUAGUUUGGUUUUAGAGGUAUAGGGAACUGGAUGAGGUGAACUGAGGAAAGAAUGAGUAUGAUGAGGUAGAGUAGAUGAUAUGGUGAUGAUUUCUAUAAAAAUUCUUCACUAAUGAAAGUUACAACCUUAUCCUGUUGGUUGAUGCUGGUGUUUUAUAAUGAGGAAAUUAUAGUGCCUUAAUUCAUGUUUAUUUGGCAUGAAGUGGUGAAGCUGUGAGUGUAAUGUUUAACCUUUACCAUAGUAUUCUA